UCGGCGAGUAGUCAGUCGGCGGCAGCAUCAGUCAGUGCGUCCAUUACGCGAGACGAUACGUCAGCCUCGCAGCUGUGUACACAGUCACGAUAAUCUCGCUGCUGCUGCUGCGGCCCGUUAUACAGGCGGUGCACAGCACUCGAUCCCUUUCGACGUUUGAGAGGGCCUCACAAGUCUCACUGGAGUUCGCGCGAGGCUCCGCGGGCCAUGGCAAGCGAUGGCGUAUGUUAAUGUAGCCGAGUGGAAGAACAUCGAAGUGUGCGAGUGGCUCAAAGGGCUGGAGAGCUCCGUAUUACCGUACGUGCAUAGUUUUAUGAACAACAAAGUCAAUGGACAGCAGUUGUUAAAUCUACGAACGGAGGACUUGGAGCAGUUGGGCGUGUUCAAGAUUGGCCACCAAGAAAUCAUCCUCGAGGCAGUCGAAUACCUGCGUAAUUUCCAUUAUGAGCUCGACCGGGAGAACCUGCAGCUGCUGGCGAUGCGGUUGUCGUGCACGGCGCACAGCCUCUACAACGAGCUCGCUCCACUGUCGGACUCGAACGAGCCCGUCAGCACGCAGACCCUGUCGGACGUCGUGGCCAUCAUCGUGACCGUGAAGCCGCUCAUCAGGUGGCUCGACAGGCCGCCCUUCAGUGGCCAGCUCGAUUACAACGACAAGAAGCACGAGCUGCUCAAGCUGUCCCUCGAGAUGGCUACCUGCGCCCAGCGCGACAGAUUCGCCGAGAAGCCCAUCGAGGAGAUAAGGACCACCUGCGGCCAAAUGGCCAAGCUGGCCGAUUACAUAAUUCAGGACGUCGCCGACCCGAUGAUUCUUCAACCUUCGAGCUUGGAUUUGGCCACCCUCAAGAAGAGACCGGGCGAUGAUUUGGGCUUCAGCAUAAUCCCUUCCUUUCACGGUGCUCAUCAGAUUGCUGAAAUCAAGUUUGGCUCGGCUGCCCAUCAAUGCGCGAAAAUGGAGGAAGGCGACGAAAUUGUACAGGUUAACUAUCAAACGGUGGUUGGCUGGGAACGGAAGAACGUGCUCGAUCAGUUUCGCGAGAGUCCCUCGGACGUCAUAUUGACGUUGAAAAGGAGACCUAAGCACACCAAGGUGUACGGGCAGAUUUACAUAAAGCCGUACAGAUUGCCCAGCAACAAGAAGGCACCUUACGCCGCCAGGUGGCAAAACAAUCUACCGUCCCCGAGGCCAGAACUCUUGACGAUACCCGAUUUCACCCUCCCUUUACAGCGAGCCGUGCCAAAAGCAGCAGCAGCGCCGAAGCCAGUCUCGAUACUGGACACGAUGACGACGGACGAGAGCAGCGACGAGAGCAGCGAGAGCGAGGCGACCCCAACGUCGGUCCGACUGUACUCGACGAAGCCGCGCAACCCGGUGCAGAGGCGGGCCACUUUCGCGGGCGCCCUGCCCACGGUCAAGAGCAGCGCCGAGAUCGAGGAGUUCUGGAAGGAGCUGAAGCGCGAGCACAGCACGUCCUUUCAGUUCCGUAACAAAGCUGCCUCUUGCGCGCAGGACCUCGACAGCGUGUCGGCCGCGAUGGCCCUCGCUAGACCGCAGACCUGCCUCGGGAUCGAGCAGCGCGCCGCCAGCGACAAGUCCGUGGCUAGGCUCUUGCACGACGCCCCGAGGAAGGUUCAAUUCCAAGAGGGCCAACAGCGCCUCAAGCCUCGUCCAGCCUCGUUCAAGAAGCAGCACGCCACCGAUCCCGUGCUCGCCGCCAGUGGCAUUUCGCAAUCGCAAUCGGUGAACCUCGAGCUCGCCGCCGCUUCCAACGACGAGAGCCCCGAGCCGAGAGAUGACAUCGUCCUUUCGGAGAAGGAGAGCGGACGCAUGGAGGACGGAAGCGACGAUCGGCGACGAGCCUCUCCAGCCGCCACCUCCUCUGCUCCGAACUCGAGCAGCAAAGAGCGCGGCAGACUCGACAAAAGCCACAGUACGCCGGCCUACGACCUCACGGAAUCCGACGACGACUUUCUCGAGCGCAAGUUCGAGGCAGCUCUUGACGAGCACCACAAACAGCAACUUCAGCAGCGCUCGAGGAACGACAGCUCCCCCAGUAGUCACGCGAGUAGCUUCAACAAGUCCGAUUCGCGCGUUUUUGAUUCAACCGACGAUUUGGAGGAAUUUGAUAAAGUUAUAUCGCCGUCGCCGGCCAAAGAGCAACUCGAGCAUAGCAUCAAGACUCGCGGCGUUGGUAACGUCGCUCGGAAAAUUAUAGACAUUGAAAAAAAUUUACAAAAUAUUAUUCAUGACAAAAGCCCCGAAAAAGUCUCUAAUUGCAAAUCAUCUGAAAAACCUAAUGUGGUUUCGGAACUGUCAAAAACAAACAUCGAUAUAAAAAUUAAUGACGCCGACUUGAACGACGAUUUGGAUGAACCCUGCGAUGAUUCCGGAAAUAUUACAUCUGACUUAGAAAGUGAUGAGGACACAUAUCAGUCAAAACUGGUAGGCCGACCAGAAACUCCAAAAAGAGAAGUGACUACGAGACCUGAAGUGAGACCUAGACUUACACCACCGGAACCACCACCUCGGAAAUUCAUCAAUAUCAAGCCAGCCACCCAUUCAAAUACUAAUAAUAGUCCACCAUCCCCGUUACAUGUUGUGAGCAGCUUCAAACCUAGAGAUCCUCAAGUAGGUCCACAUUUCAUGGAGAAGCCAAGGGUACCAGAAAGACCGAGCGUUCGGAGAGAUUUGAAGAAAAUCAAUCCACCUUGUGAGGUCUAUCCCCGAGACGAAAAAGGCACGCUCGCAUCGAGGGUCAUGGGAGAGUGCUUCGAAACUUCAAGCCCGACUUUCGUGGAUAAAUCACGCGAUGCUUCAGAAGAAACAAAUUGCUCAUAUCUGCCAUCGUCGCCUUUCGACGAGCCGCACGCUUACAUGCAAAUUCCCGAGUUCAGUCCUUCCGACAGUGCGAUGCGGCACCAUCACGCACCACCACCGAGCAGUCAAAGCAGCUCGCUCAAUCGACAACUUCAGCACAAACGAGAGCACAGCUCUACAAGCGCCGAUACGGCUGACGGGGCAUGUCACUCGCGACAGAGCAGUAGCACUUCGGCUCAAGAUAAUGAGCUGCGCAGUCCAGAUAAGGAGAGAAGCGUUGUAAACAAAGCUAUGAUGGUUGCCAGGAGCAUUGGUUUGCACGGUAAUUCUUCGAAAUUUUCCAACAGUCCGCGGAGCAGUAGGAAGCGAACUACUCCGCUUGCCAAACAAAGAAAUGUAGCAGCCAAAGAUGUUUCGCCUGGUGAGUUGGAAGAUUGGUUGACUUAUCGAAGUAGAGGUGCUGGUGGAGCAUGGGCUCGUGCCUGGUUUAUUUUGAAAGGUUCUUCUUUAUACAGAUUCAAAGCUCAAAAUAGUACCAAAGCGGACUGUCUCAUUGCUUUGGCUGGUUUCACCUCAGCCCAAGCUGCCGAAAUCAAGUCGCGAAAAUAUGCCUUCAAGGUUUAUUAUACUGGCACCAUGUUCUAUUUUGCCGCCGAUACCGAGGACAGUUUGAAUGCAUGGCUAGAUGCAAUAAAGCGUGCUACAUUAGGCACCGAGAGAACCAGUGGUAUAUUUACUGAAACCGAUGAAAGUGACAGUGAGCAUAAAAGCAAACCAAAAAGCACAUCAGACGCGAAAGCUUUUGCGGAAAAAACAUUUGGAUCGCUCAAAAAGUUUGGUAAAAAGGAUACAAGUAGUAAGGAACAAGAUGUCGGUGGCGCAAGCUUAGACAGGAAAUACUUGAAGUUUUUGGGUGGUAAAUCUCAAAACGUACCUGUACCGACUGCCCAGUUCCGAAGUUAUCGUAGAGUUCUGCCAAAUUCACCCGCAGCACCAACCAAACCAGUAGAGAAAUACAGCUCGCCGGAUUUACAAAUGACCAUAGCUGGAAGUACUUUUUAUGGUUUGAAUUCCUCUCAGAGUACAACUGAUGUACCUGCUUCGUCGCAAGACAUGGGAGACUACAGAAGAACAACAGAACGAGUACGAAGCAAUAGAAAUCGACGACCUGACGAACUGCAAGGUUUUAUAACAUUGGAAGCAUUUAUGCUUGCUCGUCAAGAAGAGGAAUGUCAGCGAGUAGCAAAUAAUAUCAACAGUAACAAUUCAAGCGAGUCUAACCAUUUCACACCUCUGAAUAAUGAUCAUGUACACUUUCAACACCGUAACAUCGCUGAUAGUGCAAAUGUCGUUCAAAAUAAUGGCAUGAUAUACGGCUCACCACGUAACGUAAUUAAUGGAAUGCCAUCGGUACCUACUUCAUCUACCAUUGAGCAUCAUUCUUCAAAUCGUUCUUUUGACAGCGAAAGUAGAAACAAUAGCCAUCGAGCAAACGAGGUGAUAGGACCAAGAACUCCCAGGCAAUCCAAUGAAUUAAACUCCUCUCAACCCGGAAGACCCAACGACAAAGACCUACAGCAACAAAAACUAUUGCAAAAUCGUACAAAUCAAGAACAAGAUGUACAGCACAGACAAGCCCAACAAUCCAACGCAAUUAAUGGCAAUGAAAUUAAUUUUUCUACUCUAGAUUAUGGUGAACGAUUAAAGCCACAAGCCUGGCUCAGAGCACCUGAUUCUAAUUCAGUUGAUCCCAAUUUUCAACAUGAUCCUAGACAAGUAUUCAGAAAUAAAGCUCACAUGACAAGUUCAAGUGGUAAUCUCGCUUAUCAAACAUGUACUGAAUCGUUACACCGAGUGAAACGAGAAUCACCAAUUGCCCGUAACGGUAGCUUUAAUUUAGCUGAUCGACGACAUCGUGAUCAUGUGCAUCCAGAAAGAAACUGGACCGAGUCACUGAAGGCGUCGGAUAAAAAAUCCUUCAAGUGCCAACCAACUGCUUGUUCAAUUCUGCCUUUCGAGCAGGAGGGUUUGAAACAUAAUGUAGAGCAUCAAAAUAAAAGUUUGGAAAGAAAAGGCAAUAAAAGCCUCAGAAACCUUUUCGGUAACAAGAAUUCUCAAAAGUCCAGCUCCUUUGAUAUGCCUCAUGAUCAGCAAAAAACAUUACUUGGUUCGCCGAGACUUCACCGAGCAAUAUUUGGGGACAAAAAUGCUCGUCAGCGUCAAAACAGUUUUUCGGGAAAUCAAAGCCAUGGAGAUGCAUACGUGAAUCAAAGCCCCGGAACAUAUGAAAAUUACAAUUUUUGUCGAAAUCCUAAUCUGAAUGUCAGCGACGUAAAUUCACAUGGUGAAUGGUUAUCCGAAGCGCCGACAAAUCAACCUCCCAAGUGUAUGGUAGCUGGGGUUGCUCUGUGCCAAAUAAGACAAAAUCCUCGCCAUCCAUCAACGCCACCAACAUUGCCUUAUAUACCACCGCCAACUUCUCCUCCACCUGAUUAUCCAGGUCUUCAGUAUCCUCCAAUUUUUGAGCCUGGAACUUAUUCACUGGCAGAUGCUUCUAUAUUACGCCAUCGAGGAAGUAAAAAUAGCCAAAAUUAAAACUGCUUCAAGUGAACUCUUGCAUAGUUCAUUUUAUUUUAUUUUAUAAGAACGCAAUCGUUCUAAGCAAUUUUCAAUCAUUUUCGUUAUUCAUUUAUAUUUUAAAAAGCCAAAGGAAUAAAAUUUAGCCGAAUUGACCAAAUUUUUGCUCUAAAAAAAAAAGAAAUUCGAAUUAGUGCCUUAAAAUCACUUUUACAUACAAAGUAAAUCUAUCAUUUUUUCUGCCAAUCUUGGCACAAAAUUUAUUGCAUGCCAACGCGCUGCACUACUUGUGUUUGCUAUAUGAAGUUAAAUUUAACCGUCCAUUAUGUGCCUCCACUGAAAGUAUAAAACACUUGUAAAAAUUUGGACUCUGAUAGUGCCAUCCAAGUUCAAACGUUGUAAAUAUUUUAAAUAACUAUAUGUAUCACGUGCUGAAUAGUAGGCACUACCGUUGCAAUAUAAUUUUAUUAUGACUUGAUAAAAAAAACAAUAUUGCAGAACUUCUUUUUAAUACUAAUCACAUAUGAUACACUUUUAAAAAUCGAAUAGUUGAUAAAACUAUUGAAAUAAAAAUUUUCAACUUUAGAAAAGUGUGAUUUCAAACUUUAACUAUCGAAUAAAUUAAAAAAAGUUUUUAUCCUUAGAUAUUUCAUUGUAAAAAUCAAACAAAAUAGUAUUAUUAUUUUUAAAAAUUAGAACUUAAAUUUAUCUGCAGGGUCAAUGUGUAGAAAUUUAACUUAAUGAAAAUAUUAGUAAAUACUUAUAGUACAAAACUGAAUUUUAAGUAUUUUUUAUAAUUUAUAAGCGUAGAACACAUUAACGACAAUGUCCAUUGUAUUUAUUAAAAUGUAUUUUAUAACAUUUACAUAUAGUUUUUAUCUCAUUCUAUCCAUUUCGAUGUAAAUAAUUUAACGAGUCUUAAGCCGAAACAAUAUAAAUUAAUUGUCCAUUAAUGAUGAUUGAUGUACAAUAAUUCAUAAAAAAAA